CAACGGUGACAGUGGUAGUGUCGUAGCUAGUGGUAGUGGCAGUGAUAGUGAUAGCGACGGUGAUUAAAAAUAAGGGAGAGCGAAGCGAGCGACGAGGGAAACGGAUAUAAUUUAGGAAAGGAAACAAAAGGACAGUAAAUAACAAGAAUGGCAGAUCCAAGUCAACAACAACCAUUGACCGAGCCGCAUACGAACGGAGUAAUGGACGGUCUGACAGAGGAGGAGAAGAGUAAAAUGCGGCCUGCAGACAUCGACGCGGAUAUGAGGGAAAUGGAAAGGAGGAAGCGAGUCGAAAUGAUGAUGAAUUCACGACUUUUUCGGGAAGAACUAGAACGUAUAAUUGAGACACAAAUGAAAGACGGUGCUGGACCAUCAGGUCUGCUACAGCAAAUCUCUGACAUGAUGGGUGCGCAAGGUGCUCGAUUUAACGGAAAUGUGUUUAAAAAUUCAAAUUGUGUAUUACCUAUCAACGACAUACGCGGUGUCGAAAGUAUGGGUUACGCAAAGGGGGAGAAACUGUUGCGCUGCAAGUUGGCAGCGGUAUUUAGACUGCUUGAUCUCUAUGGUUGGACUCAAGGUGUCGGUGGACAAAUUACGGCACGUUUAAAUCAAGAUCAAGAACACUUUUUAGUUAAUCCAUAUGGUCUGUUGUAUCAUGAAGUUACUGCUUCAAGUUUGAUUAAAGUUGACAUGCAAGGAACGGUCGUGGAACAAGGAACAACCAAUUUUGGGGUUCACGUGGCAGGAUUUCAAUUGCAUUCAACGAUUCACGCCGCUAGACCCGAUAUAAAAUGCAUUGUUCAUAUUACCACUCCGUCCGUUACUGCUAUCUCGUCAUUAAAGUGCGGAUUGUUGCCAAUUGGACAAGAGAGUAUAGUAAUAGGAGAGGUAAGCACACAUCAAUAUAUAGGUGGAUUUUUUGAACCGGAGGAAAAAGAGAAGAUAGCAAGAAAUCUUGGUCCAAUGAAUAAAAUCAUGCUGUUAACUAAUCGUGGUGCUCUCUGUUGCGGAGAAACUGUCGAAGAAGCUUUCUUCAAUGUUUACAAUAUGGUCCUAGCUUGCGAGACCCAGUUGAAAUUAAUGCCCGCUGGUUUGGAUAAUUUAAAUCUUAUUUCUGAAGAAUCUAAGAAAGCUAUAUUCGAAGCCUCAAGAAAACCACCCACACCGCAACAAACGGCUCCGAUCACCGAAACCACAGCUCUUUCUGAAAAACUCGAAAAGCGUUGGCGAAUCGGUGGAACUGAAUUUGAGGCACUUAUGCGGAUGCUCGAUAACGCAGGUUUCCGUACUGGCUAUAUAUACAGAAAUCCACUAGUGAAAGGAGAACUUCCGCGGCCUCGAAACGAUGUUGAAGUACCACCUGCAGUCUCGUCUUUAGGAUAUUUACUCGAAGAAGAAGAACUUUACAAACAAGGGCUCUGGAAAGGUGGUCGUAAAGGUACAGAUAGGUCACGUUGGUUGAAUUCACCCAAUGUAUAUCAAAAAGUUGAAAUACUUGAAACAGGAACCCCUGAUCCGAAGAAAAUUACAAAGUGGGUGACAGACGGAUCUCCGACCCAUAGCAGUACACCGGUGAAGAUCGACAGUGCCCUUCAAUUUGUACCGAAAAAUACCAAUCCAAAGGAAUUUAAACAAAUACAACAACAGGAUGCUACUAUUAGCGGAACAGGAGAACAAGUAGUGUUAGUAGGGGCUGCUAGUAAAGGUAUCAUUCAAAGAGGGUUUCAACACAAUGCAAUGGUUUACAAAACACCGUAUGCCAAAAAUCCUUUUGAUGCUGUUACUGAUCAAGAACUCGAUCAGUAUAAGAGAGAAAUUGAACACGAUGAAUCGCAAUCAGAAUCGGAAGCAUUGUCAUCGUUCAAUGUUAGUCGCGCAACACACGAAUCAAGCACUGCCAAAAGUCCCAUUCAGUCACCAGUAUCAGUAACUUCGGAAACAGAAGAGGAGAGCAGAGAUGCUGUGGUGUUUUUGGACAAUGUGGUUGCAGAUCCUGGUUCACCGAGCAGGUACUGCAGUCAAACCGAGAAUGAAUAUGAGAACAAGUUUGGAAGCGAUGCCUGUAUUAUUCAUAAGUACUGUCAUUAUCCAGUUGCUGAACAAUAUCCAUACGAGCCGCGUUUAGAAAUUGUUCGAAGUGACAUAAUCGCAGAGCGACUAGUAACUAAAUUAAUUGACUACUGUCCUUAUCCUCCAGUUAUGUUAAUUGAUGAGCAAAUAAAUUACAUGGAAGAUGCUCUUGAAGAAAUUUCAAAUUCAAUUAACUCUGAAAAUAAAAAAUCACAAGAAGAAUUGAAUGAUAAAGGAAAAUCCAAAGUUCGUAAGUCACUGAAAUUGAAAAAUAAUGAAAAUUCAUUGAAUUUUGCGUGUUCUAAUGAAGAAAUGAAAGAAAGAAAUAGAAAUGAAAAAACGAAUUUGAUAUUUGUUGAUACGAACUCUAUGGAACAGAUUACUGAAAUAGCGAGUUAUAUUGAUUCAAAUAUUCCGUCAAUAAAAACAAAAUUAAACACUUUGUUCCAUCCUAAAGUUAAAAUCUCAACAAAGUAUAGCUUAAAUCCUAACGAUAUGAAUUUAAUAUACAGUUUGACUCCAUAUAUGAAUUCAGAUGAUCAUGAGGGUGUUGAUAAAAUGAUUUUAAAUGAAACGUCGAAGUUAACAACAGUUAUACCAGACUCUAACGAUUCUAAUCUGAAUCAAAAUUGCUUUUUGCAAUCAAACGAAGAGAAAAGUCUUAAAAAUGGAUGGAAUAAAAAAGAUUGCGUAGAUGAGAAAAUUGACAAUUAUAUUUGGUUUGAUUCGUUGUUUGAUAGUGAAAAGUACGACCUCUGUAAAGAUAACAAAACUAUGAAUAACGAUAUAUGUUUUGAUAACGGACAAGUUGAAAUUCAUUCGAAUGAAGGAUCUGAUAUGUUAGAACUGUCCACUAACGCGGUUUUAGAAUUGUUGGAAAGUACUGAAGAAUACUUUCGGAAUGACAUAAGCAAUAUGGCGAAUGAAGUUAUUGCAGAACUUAACGUGAACGACACAUAUAUAGCUAUUUACUGUUUAGUAAACGAGAUAUUUCAAAAAGUUUAUGACAUUGUCUCAAGUAUAGAGUUAAAUGAUCCACGUGAUUCGUUAUCGUCUACAAUUUCUCGACAUCGCUCAAUUUCAAAACUAUGCUUAGAUGUAAAAGAUGAUGACCAAGUAGCCAAAGAAUAUCAGACUAAUCAAACUACACCUGUUGUCGUUGUACACGAGGUUAUUCACCAUGUGUACGAUGCAUGCGAUGAAAUUAAAAAAGCAAAGACCUGUGCAAACGUAGAAUUGAAAGAAAAAGAAAACAACGAUAUUAGUAACAAAAGAGAAGGAAUCGAGCAGCAAAUUGACGAUUUUCCAGUAAUGAUAAAUAGUGACGAAUUGGAAACAGCAUCUGACCUACAAGUUGCAUCGACUGUUACUCCUUUUGAGAAUUUGGUUUUAGAGGAAAAUAAUCAAUUUGUUGAAACGGUGGCAGAAGUGGAUGACACGACGGAAUCAGACGCAAUUUUCGAAUUUCAUACAAUAGUGAAGGCGAAACCAAUAAAUACUAAUGAAAAAGCAUAUGAAUUGAAUUUCAGAAUAGAGAGAAAUUUUGGUGUUAAUAACAUUGAAAAUAAAAGAUCGCACGAGCAGGAGAAAGUUGAGUUUGAGCCAACUGUAAGUCUUGAUAAUCUCGUUAACAUAAAUUGGAAUACAAACUCUUUUAAUUUGCCCGAAAUUGCUUCAAAAAAAGACAAAUUAAUGGAACUACCAGAGACUUCUAUGUCUGUAGAAAUACCUGUUGAUAGUACUCAUUGUGUAAAUUCUUAUAUUUAUGAUUACGAUCAAGGAUGUUCUUCGUUAUCAACUAUAGGCGAAGAGGAGUCUUGGCAUAAAUUUUUGGAGGGAAAUGACAUAAACGACAAUGCAGAAGUUGAAGAAAAUCGACUCAAUGAUACUUAUAUAUGCUGUGAUUCCGAUGAAAUCGUAAAUGAUAAAGAAUUGUCUAAUCGUAGUUUAGAAAGGUUCCGUGUCGCAGGAUGUGAGCGUUAGCGAGGAAUCACCGAAAAAGGAAAAGAAGAAGAAGAAAGGCCUUAGGACACCCUCCUUCCUAAAAAAGAAGAAAGAAAAGAAGAAGCCAGUUGAGGCGUAG